AUGUCCGGGGGCAUGUCCUCGUGUCUACCCAUGUCCGGGGGCAUGUCCUCGUGUCUACCCAAGUCCGGGGACAUGUCCUCGUGUCUACUUCUAUAUCACACCAGCUGUUCCUCCUACAGGAAAUUACAGAAUAACAGGUUUUCUCCCCAAACUGAACCCGUAGAGAACCUCUUCCCCAGCGGCGCCGGGGAGGAUGGAGAGUCACGCACCAGGAGCAGGUCACGGCGCUGUGUCGCAGCCUCCGAGGGACACCGUCCCUUGGACUCCAGGGCUAGUCCCAGCCCCACCAGGGACGCCUCUAGCCUCGACUACUGGAGGAGGGUCCGGUCCCUCUCGCGGGAGACGCGCCUGCGACAGGAGGCACGGGAGCGACACCUUCAGAAGGUGGAGUUAGAGGAACGCCGACGUCGUCAGCAAAUCCUCAGUGAGAGGAAGAUUGAGCGCGACGCCUUGAUGACCAGAUUCCUGAGGGAGCCACUUCGGCAGCACCGAGCCGCGAGGGCCGCCAAGAGCACUUCGGGGAGGGACGAAGGCGACGCCGCAGGAGGAGGAGGAGGAGGAGGAAGAGCCACGAGAGAGGAAAGAGAAGCAAGGAGAAAUGUUUUAGCAAGUCGGUCGGUUCCGGACCUGGAGGAGGCGCUGAGGGUCGUGAGAGGCGAGGACGAAGCUCUUGACGUCCGAGCACGAGCGUUCCUGAGCCCCAGGCAGAUGCGACACAGAGCCCCCAAGGAAGACCAGGGGAUAUGCGACCGAUACCUGCGCACGCAGUCUCGCGCCACAGUCCAGCGGCGUACUCCAGGACCCACCCCACGCUGGGGUGUAGCGCCCCCAGGUUACACCGAGAUCCGGGAGAAUCAGAAGCCCUACCCAGCAUUGUCACAUGAGAUGCCGCCACCUGAGAGGCAGGUGGCGCCACCUAGGAGCCGCCACCUGAGAGGCAGGAGCAGCGUAGACUCCGGUUGCAAGAGGAGCAAUACCCUCAGCGACACCUUGAGCGUCACGUCCUCGGAGGAAAGAGACGCAGAGUAUUUAUUAUCUGAGUAUUGUCCGCCUUCGGACAGUCAUAUAAUGGUACUUCCAAGGCCGAGACUAGACCGUCGUAGCUCCAUGCCAGAUCUGCGAGACUAUCGGUGCGUGAGUUCUGCAGUAAUGUACGAGACCAUUGCCACGCUGGGGAGCCUUGGGGACACUCGCGGCCUGCUGGUCCUGCCGCCUUGGGGACAUGACGACCACACCACGCUCACCGCCUCUGCGCCGCCACAUAUACAUCACACUAAAAACAAUGGGGAAAAUUUGCAUAGAUCUCCCAAAAAGUGGGCCCAAAAGAUGAAUAAAUUCAUAGAAAACGAAACCAAUGCAGUGCUUCAAACCAGUCCACUUUUAUCAGCGCUCCCGCCCUCGCUGGGAAGACCAUCCUCACAGAAAGGCCGACGAAGCCAACGGAAAGAAUGGGUAUCAAAACACACGUCGAUGAAGACCUUGCAGAAGAAAAUUCUACCAACAUCUUUGACAGAUUCCUCCUCGCAAACUGACGGAAUGCAGUACAUGCGCCCCACGUCUGCGGUCCACCACAGAUGUAACUCUCUAGGGAGCGAGGGAGCAGAGUCUGUCUAUUACGACAGUCUGGAGGAGGAUGAGAGUAGAAAUAACACAAAGCGAUCUGUUAAUCAAGCGUUCUAUGUACCAAUAAAGAAUGAGACAUCGCCUGUGCGGGCCGAGUGCCUGGCUCUGCCGGCGAGGCUUACAGCCCGCCUGGAGGAACGACGAACAGCUGCUCGCCCUCGACCCUUCCCCGGCACCACCUCCAGACUCGCUCUAGCAGGAAACCGUAUGAAUGAUGAAGAAAAACUGCAUCAGUUCGGUGCGAAAGACGACAGUUUGAGUAAUGAGGAGAUGACUAGCGCCUCACAAGAAUAUUACUUGAAUACAAAUGCAUGUACGAGCGAUUCGGACAUAAGAGACAGCCCAAAAGUAGUAACCAGGAAGAAGAAAAUGGUGCCUCUUUCUCCCUCAAAGUCCAACACCGGCAAGUCGCAAUCUGAUAUACUACAAUUAUCUUCUACGAAGUCUGUUAACUUUAGAGGUUCUUCCACUGCAUCACCUCGUUCAAGUGUACAAAUAACCACAGCACAACCGGCUCCCUGUCUGAAUUCAGUAAGACACAACAGCCCCUCCACUCGCGUACCUGAGGUGGUGGUCGAGGCAAACUCCCGGCAACACUUUAACACCUAUACUCCUUUCCCCAUAGGGUCGACACCUUCCUCAGGUUCCCCGAGACGGCCCGACCAGUCAAGUCAACAGCCUUACAGGUGUGUUGUGGUAGACGGCUUCGGUCAUCAGCACGAAAAGACCAGCGAGGGUUUGAUCAAAAUACCGAAGUCAGCCCUGGCGCUGCAUGAGUCGGUCAAAGAUGGAGUAAAUGGAUGUGAUAACAAGAGUGUAAAAUUUGCCUUUGAAGGUGCUAGCAUAGUAAAAUCAGAUCUUCCACUUUACAGAAACAAUGCAAUUGCUCAAUACACACAAGAGCAUGUAUACACGGAAACAGACAAUGAACGUCUGUGUGGCCUCAACCACAAGUCUAGCCCGGACAGCGAGUACCACAUACACAUCUCUCAGUCCGGCUUGGAAACCUUCGACAAGAUUUUCACUGACCAUGCCAGAGUUGUUAACACUGCUGAAGGUGAUACAUUAAGCAAUACUAGAGUGAAUGAUGAGAAAGGUGUGCUAGUAUCCUCUGGCCUGGAAAACAAUGACACGCUUAAAGCGACUUACGUUGUGAAGAAUAUUAGCCAGAAGACGGCAACAGAAAGCAAUGACAGCUCUCACUAUGAGUUCCUUCCAAAUACAGAGGAGGAAGACCUGAAGGAGAAGAGCUCAUGCAUCCCGCAGAAGGAACAUGAAAUUAUCGCCAGCACCACCAGCGGGAAAGAUGUGCUGCUGGAGAGUGGUUUUAUUGACAUGGAUGACCUUAGUUUAUCAUCUGACUCCCUCAGCAUUAACUGUAACAAUAUUGAACAAACUCCUCUACCAGAGACAACGAAUACAAUGUCAGAAAAUUUUGAAAAUAUUAUAAAAAUACACAUUUCUCCCUCGUCACGGUGUGAACUGAGCAGUGAUACAGGAGAUUCAAGCAGUGAAACAUUAGUGAAAUCCUCUCGGAAAAUGUAUACCCAGGGAUCAUCAGUAAAGGAAUUUCAAAGCGUAGAAAAACAUACCUUUGAAGAUGUCAGUGUCUCACAUGAAUACACCAUUACUGUAGAUAAAGGAAAAGCCAACUCAGAGCAAGCAUGGGACGACACAUGCGAAGAAAACGGUGAUUGGAAAAGUGCAGAAAACAAACCAAGAAAUAUUGACAGUGAAGACGGCGACCAUCAUGACGCAAGAGAAGACAGUCACGGAACAAAGGAAGGAACACUUACAGCCACUGACGUAGCAAGAGACCAUUGUCUGCCUGAAAACGAUGUUCGUACUGCCCUAACUGGACAUACAUACGUAAGAGAACACAUAGAUAUAAGAGAACAGUCAGACGGAAGAGAAAAUUUAGACAUUAGAGAGAAAAGAAUCGAGAAAGAAGAUCUAGACGAAAGGGCACUCAAGAACCGGACAAAGGACAGCCUACAUGCGGAAGGCGCCACAGACUCGAAUGUAUCGUCAAGCUUUGAGAACAGCAUCUGCAGUAAAGGUUCUCCUAGAGCUCUUGAAGAAGAGAAUUUCUUCACCAGUUCUAACCAAGGGCAAAUGCUGAGUCAGAACACAGAAUCAAGUUCGAAAUAUGUUUCAACUCAGAGCACAGACCCUAGUGAAGAACAGGUCCUUGUUCCUUCCGCAGAACUCGGUGAAGAACAGGACCUAGCUUCUUGUACAGAGCUUAGUGAAGAGCAGAAUCUUGUUCCUAGGACAGAGCCUAGCAAAGAACAAGAUUGGGUUCGAGGCACAGAACCUAGUGAAGUACAGGAUCUAGUUUCUCGUACAGAGCCUAGCGAAGAACAGCAUCUGGUUCAUGGCACAGAGCCAAGUAAAGAACAGGAUCUGGUUUCUUGUACAGACCCUAAUAAAGAACAUGAUCGAGCUCCUGGUGAAGAACAGACCAUCAUUCCUAACACAAGAUCUAGUGAAGACCAGGUUCUAAUUCUAUGCCCUGAUUCUAAUACGGCGCAGCUCUCGAUUCCUGGAACAGAAGGUCCAGAGAACGAGGCGGAGGAACUGAGUGAUGGAACAGACUCGUGGGACCGCGUGACAGUGGUCCGAGCUCUUUCUGCUGACAGCUCCGGCAGCAGGAACCUCACCCCAGACAUGAACCCAGAAGUCCCCAUGUCUGACACCCUACAUCAGGAGGCAGGAGAAGAGAUAAGUAUUGAUGAUUUCCUCUGCAUGGACCAACAGAAUAGGUUCCGAAGUCCCCCAGAAGCCUCGACAAGAAGUCCUCUUCUGGAAAAUAACUCUGAUUUGCUGGAAGAGAUCUUCCGGGCCAUCACGCCGAGCAAGAGUGAACACGCGCUUGUGGAUGAGACCAGCUCAGAGCUCUCUACCAUUGAAGAAGACGAUGAGCUUUCUGAUGCUUCCCCGCUACUGCAGCAGGAAACAUCGCUACUGAAAGAGUCAGUAAACACUUCGAAGGAGGAGAAUGGAAACAUUGCGACGUUGAUAGGAAUGGAAAACUGCGAUGUCAGAAGUACAAACUGUUCGAUAUCGAGCCAGGGCAGCGCCUCUAACGCGCAGGACAAAAAUAACAUUGUGGUUGAAGGAAGCGAGAACGCUGAAGUGGGAGAGAGUGAGGCCAGCCAUGUGGUACGGGAGAGUGAACGCGUUGUGGUAGGUGGUACCCGCGGGGGAGGUGCAAAUGGUACCCUUGUGGUAGACGGUGUUGACAAUCUUCUUAAGGUAAAAGGAGAUGGCGGAAAUGUUAUGGUAGAAUGUAUUGAUGACAGUGUUGCUGUGGAAGGUGUUGAUGACAGUGUUGCUGUGGAAGAUGUUGAUGACAGUGUUGCUGUGGAAGAUGUUGACGACAGUGUUGCUGUGGAAGAUGUUGACGACAGUGUUGCUGUGGAAGGUGUUGAUGACAGCGUUGCUGUGGAAGGUGUUGAUGACAGUGUUGCUGUGGAAGAUGUUGAUGACAGUGUUGAUGACAGUGUUGCUGUGGAAGAUGUUGACGACAGUGUUGCUGUGGAAGAUGUUGACGACAGUGUUGCUGUGGAAGAUGUUGACGACAGUGUUGCUGUGGAAGAUGUUGACGACAGUGUUGCUGUGGAAGAUGCUGAUGACAGUGUUGCUGUGGAAGAUGUUGACAACAGUGUUGCUGUGGCAUGUAUUGACAACAGUGUUGCUGUGGAAGAUGUUGAUGACAGUGUUGCUGUGGAAGAUGUUGAUGACAGUGUUGCUGUGGAAGGUGUUGAUGACAGUGUUGCUGUGGAAGAUGUUGAUGACAGUGUUGCUGUGGAAGGUGUUGAUGACAGUGUUGCUGUGGAAGGUGUUGAUGACAGUGUUGCUGUGGAAGAUGUUGACGACAGUGUUGCUGUGGAAGAUGUUGACGACAGUGUUGCUGUGGAAGAUGCUGAUGACAGUGUUGCUGUGGAAGAUGUCGACAACAGUGUUGCUGUGGAAGAUGUUGAUGACAGUGUUGCUGAGGAAGGUGUUGAUGACAGUGUUGCUGUGGAAGAUGCUGAUGACAGUGUUGCUGUGGAAGAUGUUGAUGACAGUGUUGCUGUGGAAUGUGUUGAUGACAGUGUUGCUGUGGAAGGUGUUGAUGACAGUGUUGAUGACAGUGUUGCUGUGGAAGAUGUUGAUGACAGUGUUGCUGUGGAAGGUGUUGACGACAGUGUUGCUGUGGAAGAUGUUGACGACAGUGUUGCUGUGGAAGAUGUUGAUGACAGUGUUGCUGUGGAAGAUGUCGACAACAGUGUUGCUGUAGAAGAUGUUGAUGACAGUGUUGCUGUGGAAGAUGUUGAUGACAGUGUUGCUGUGGAAGAUGUUGAUGACAGUGUUGCUGUGGAAGGUGUUGAUGACAGUGUUGCUGUGGAAGAUGUUGAUGACAGUGUUGCUGUGGAAGAUGUUGACGACAGUGUUGCUGUGGAAGAUGUUGAUGACAGUGUUGCUGUGGAAGGUGUUGAUGACAGUAGUGUUGCUGUGGAAGAUGUUGACAACAGUGUUGCUGUGGAAGGUGUUGAUGACAGUGUUGCUGUGGAAGGUGUUGAUGACAGUGUUGCUGUGGAAGAUGUUGAUGACAGUGUUGCUGUGGAAGAUGUUGAUGACAGUGUUGCUGUGGAAGGUGUUGACGACAGUGUUGCUGUGGAAGAUGUUGAUGACAGUGUUGCUGUGGAAGAUGUUGAUGACAGUGUUGCUGUGGGAGAUGUUGACGACAGUUUUGCUGUGGAAGAUGUUGACAACAGUGUUGCUGUGGAAGAUGUUGACAACAGUGUUGCUGUGGAAGAUGUUGAUGACAGUGUUGCUGAGGAAGGUGUUGAUGACAGUGUUGCUGUGGAAGAUGCUGAUGACAGUGUUGCUGUGGAAGAUGCUGAUGACAGUGUUGCUGUGGAAGAUGUUGACAACAGUGUUGCUGUGGAAGAUGUUGAUGACAGUGUUGCUGAGGAAGAUGUUGACGACAGUGUUGCUGUGGAAGAUGUUGAUGACAGUGUUGCUGUGGAAGGUGUUGAUGACAGUGUUGCUGUGGAAGAUGUUGACGACAGUGUUGCUGUGGAAGAUGUUGAUGACAGUGUUGCUGUGGAAUGUGUUGAUGACAGUGUUGCUGUGGAAGGUGACAGUGUUGCUGUGGAAGAUGUUGAUGACAGUGUUGCUGUGGAAGGUGUUGAUGACAGUGUUGCUGUGGAAGGUGUUGAUGACAGUGUUGCUGUGGAAGGUGUUGACGGCUCUUCCGCAAUUCGUAGAAUCGAGAAUCACAAAGAGGUCGGACAGGAAAGAAAACGGGCCGUAGGGGAGAGCGGGAAUAUGGUGUUCGGGGCCACUGAGGAAGACCAGGAAGGUAGCCGUGGCGAGGCUGACGGAGUCACUCGCCAAGUGUUUAGAGCUGACCGACGGAGAGUGCGCAGAUCUCAACCACAACAAAUUGGUGAAUUUAGCUUAGCCACGACACCAGCUACUUCUCCAACACACGACCUCGAUAUAGCCACGACACCAGCAGCUUCUCCGACACACGACCCUGACAUAGCCACGACACCAGCAACGUCUCCAACACACGACCCUGACAUUGCCACGACACUAGGAACUUCUCCAACACACGACCCCGAUAUAGCCACGACACCAGCUACUUCUCCAACACACGACCCCGAUAUAGCCACGACACCAGCUACUUCUCCAACACACGACCCCGAUAUAGCCACGACACCAGCUACUUCUCCAACACACGACCUCGAUAUAGCCACGACACCAGCAGCUUCUCCAACACACGACCCUGACAUAGCCACGACACCAGCAACUUCUCCAACACACGACCCUGACAUAACCACAACACCAGCAACGUCUCCAACACACGACCCUGACAUAGCCACGACACUAGGAACUUCUCCAACACACGACCCUGACAUAGCCACGACACUAGGAACUUCUCCAACACACGACCCUGACAUUGCCACGACACUAGGAACUUCUCCAACACAUGACCCUGACAUAGCCACGACACCCGAAAAGUCUCUAAUACACGACCCUGACAUAGCCACGACACUAGGAACUUCUCCAAUACACGACCCUGACAAAGAUGUCGACGAGAAAGAAAGGAGCGCUGUUCAAGGUGUAUGUAGAGACCUGGAGAACAUACAACACAAAGACAUUCGACCGAAAGAAGUAUCAGAAGAAGAGUCACAGCGCCAGGCUCAUGAUGGUGAAGAAACUGACAACUCACUACUCAGUUCAGUCACUCUGGACCUGACGGAAUCCGUCACCAAAGGGGAGUACGACGAGCUGCUGAACCACGUAGAGGAAUAUAUUGAGCAGAAAGUUCUCAUCGGGAAACGGAUCGUACCGAAUACAUAUAAUUCCCAUCUGAUGAGGGAAACCACGCUAGAGGAUGGAUACUCCAUAUAUGGUGAGAGUUCCUUGCGUGGAAAUUACGUUAAGGGUAAAGAAACUCCGAUAAAAAGUGACGCAACAGCGCCUCAAGGAUAUGACAACAUUGGCGACACAGAGAAUGAAGGCGCAGAAGCCUUCGCUAGUCUUCGUUCAAAUAUAUUAAUGAAUUCUGACGAUGAUAUAGUUUCGUGCAUUAACUUAGAGGACAAAAGCGACAUAAGAAAUCAGGUAAACACUGGCAGCAUUUGCAGGGAAGAUGUGCACGAGAGCUCGUGCGCAGACGAGGUCCUGCGACACAACGAUGGCCCGGUGGCGCCAACGAUGAGUCUCGCCAAGAGCAGCAGUGGUGCUUGUGGGUUUUCAGGCAGAGAGGACCCUCCUCAGUCUUCCUUAAUGGCAGGUUCCAGCACAUCCUCUGACGAUUCGCCUCGUAAUAGAGAUGGGAACGAAAGAGAGGCUGCUGCAGCAGCUAACUCGCCGUCCUCUGAUUCGGGUGUCGUAGAAAUGGCGGGAAAAAACAUACAAUCGCCCUCAGAAGAGUCUGCUGAGAGCGUGGCUGCUGAGGUCCAUGGCUCCCGGGACACUCAUUCUCAAGCGUCUGCUCGAAGUGAGCAGUCUGCCAACAGUAUACCUUGCCCAAGACCUUCCAGUAAGCAGGCUAAGGACCGCGCCAACCGCAUCACUAGCGGCCACCAUUCUUCUUCAGGCUGUGGGCGAGCGCUGCGGGAAACCAGUGAAGCCACAGCAGUCAACGGAUGCGCAAGCUUUCAAGAUCUGUAUGAUGGCUCAGAUAUCGAAGACUCGAAACCCCAGAGACGACACUGGGAAUCCCCUCAACGAAAUUAUUUCCAGGAACUUUCUCCCCAAAUAGACAGUGACCCAGUGUCAAUGAGCAGACAUAAACUCGUGCAAGAAUACGUGGAUAGUCUCCAACUGCACCAAAACUCUGGCGAUGGAUCGCCUCAGGGCACAGCUGGAAGUCCCCCAAGAUCCACAGAAGACACACCAACAGACCACCAGAGCGACUACGAAGCCUCAGACUCUGGCGACGCCAGCUACUCCGAAAGGCUACUGAAGGCUCUAGAGUCCAGAAGAUCUCGCCGCAACCGACCUCGAUCUUCCAAUAUAGAUAUCGAGGACAACCCUGGGCGGUAUCGACCAUCGACACUAAGUGCUCUCGACAUGUUCUUAGCUACACUCUCCAAAUACCGAGGGCACCAACUGGAAGGCGGGGAGGUGGGUAGGGACUCCACGCCCCCAGCGCUUCUUCCUGCUGCCGACGACAACGUGACCGUUCAAGUUCGAGCAGGACCUCGUCAACAUGACGUAAGAAUCAGCUCCCGGCGACAAGUGCGUCUGGUGGUUAAUGUUGGCAACCCUGUGGCCUCUUCGGACUCCGGUUGUGUACCAGACACCUCACAAUCUGAGUGUCGUGGAGGCCGGGCAGGGCCUCCUGCAGGAGGCUCCCCAGGAGGCCGGCGGCGGAGUAGGCGCCCUGGGCGUGACGGCGCCCCCGCCCCCAGCAGGGCAGCUGCUGCCGUCAACAGGGAGGUUGAUCAGCUCCUCACAGACGUCCGCGAGUACCUCAAUACUAAACUUAAAAGACAGGGAGGUGGUGAGGGAGGCGGCGAGGGAGGGAGACCAGACGACAUAGUGGUGGAGGGAAGCAACAUUGAGAAGUGCUUCACCGACCGUCCGACAGCUGGAGGGCGCACCAGACUCUACCCCAGAGCAGGUCGGGCGAGACACGAGCAGCGGCGCAGCAGAGGGCCGCUGGAUCCCGCCCUGAAGGAACAGCAGAGAAUUAAUGACUCCAUCAACGCUAUCAACGCUCUUCUGAAGCAGCUUUCCUGAGAGUCAGCCCCAUCAUGAAGGAGCAACAGCGAAGGGACCACAACUCCGGCAACGUCCUCCUCAAGUAGUUCUCCCGAGGCUCAACACGGCUUUCAGGAGCAGCAGAAGAUCCACGUUUCCUUCAGUGUCCUCCUUAGGCUUCGAACCAGAUCUAGCCAGAGUGAGUCGCCUUUGUUUACGUAUCCGGCAACACAGGCAAUAGCCAGGGUUCGUGUCUCGCUCUCUUUUGUUUUAAAUAACAAACUUGUGAGCUUCGACGCCUCCUGAAAAUAACACUAAUCAAAAGUUAUUAAUAUGGUUCACGAACCCAAAGAAUCUUAAUCAAACGCUAGAGUAUUUUAUGUGGAGAAAGUAAGUCAAAAUAACGUGGCUAAAAAUGUAUUCCCAACUGACACAUAUGGAAAGAAAAAGAACUGACGACGUUUCGGACCGUCCAGGACUUCAUAAUGGUCCAGAACGGACCGAAACGUCGUCGUUUCUUAAUUUUUUGAUGUGUGGUCUGGUCAUCAUUGCUUUUCACAUGAGUGGGUAAGAUUAUCAGUAUUGUAAGAGAAGUACUGUGCAUGUAACAGCGCCGGGUCGCAGUGCUGAGGACAGAGACGCGGAGACGUCAACUAGACAACAAUCUCAGUGCUUCCUGUGUUAUUAAAUAUGUGCAUAGGUGACAUACUUAACAUAAUAGAUACCCUUA